GCAUCAGCGAAAGAGACGCGAACUGUCAAUCGAUAGAGAAUUUUUUGGGAAUCUCCGCGCUUGACGAGACCAUCUUCAGGCGCGUUUUCAUAACAACUAACAGUUUUCAUUGACUCCCGAUUUGCGUAUUUUAUUCCAUCCUCGCCAAGCCCCUGAAUAUAUCAACCGACUAAAAUGUCCGAGGUCCAGGAAACCGUUCCAGAAGGUUGGGAAAAACGCACUAGCCGGUCCACAGGAAUGGUCUACUAUCUCAACACUUACACUAAGGAAUCACAGUGGGAUCUUCCUACAAAAGCGGCCAGCCCCGAUGAAACAUCCGAAGUCCAGUGCGCCCACCUGCUGGUGAAGCACAAGGACUCCCGUCGACCGAGCUCCUGGCGGGAAGAGAACAUCACACGCACCAAGGGCGAUGCGCUGCGCAUUCUCGAGGGAUACCGGAAGCAGAUCAAAUCGGGCGAGGCCACCCUGGCCGAAUUGGCCCAGCAAUACUCGGACUGCAGCUCUGCCAAACGGGGUGGCGAUCUGGGAAUGUUCAAACGCGGCAUGAUGCAGAAACCAUUCGAAGAGGCCGCCUUUGCCCUGAAGGUCGGCGAAAUGUCCGACAUGGUGGAUACCGAUUCCGGGGUGCACCUGAUUCUCAGACUAAAGUAAGCAAACAGUGAACAAAUGGUGAAUGGAUUUAAAUUAGGUGGCAGAGAUUAAAGCAAAAUAAAAUUCAUGUUAGCAGAGUUUAGCUGUUUAAAGUAUA